CAGGAACCAGUGGAAGGGAGCUUGACAAAUCAAGAUGGCGUCCCACGCUGAAGCAGGAAAGAGAUUUCAGUAUAAAUAAAACUCAUUCGGAGAAUAGUUUAAAUUUGAGUGCCACCUCGACAAGACGUCGUUUGGAUUUUGAAAAGACAAGACGGAGCAGAUACAGAGUCUCUAAAUGGCUGCGAGGAAGUCUGGAUCUGAUGCAUACAACAAUGGACCCAUCAGCUAUCUUGAUGACGUUCCCUUCAAGAUCAAUGACAAAUUCCGCUGCCCAGCCAAAGUGGGGCUGCCUGUAGGUUUCUGUCUCCCGGACUGUCGCUCUUUGCUGGUGGACUCACAGCAGUAUGACUUUUCUCUGGAGAGACGUAGUGUGCGCUGGGGGGUUGAACUGGCUGAGGCCAGAGCAGCAGAAGCCAGAGCAGAAGAGGCUGCAGCCAAGCAGGUGGCAGAAAACAGGGAGUGCUUGGCACAGGCCCAGGACAUUAAUGGUGGUGGAGGGAAGAAACCCCUGUCUGCUGAGGACCAGGACCUUCUACCACCAGCUUUAAACCCCGUCCUGGCGGGGCUGAGCCACAACGCCAUCCUCACUCCACUGCCUGCCCCAAGCCUUGGCCCCAGGAAAGCCCAGCCUAGCACUCCUCAGUUGCACAGCCUCAACCUAGCUGACUUUGAGCGGGAAGAGGACCCCUUUGACAAGCUGGAGCUCAAAACUUUGGACGAUAAGGAGGAGCUGAGAAAUAUCCUGCAGAGCCAGCCUCAACCUCAACCUCCUCCCUCUGUAUCUCCACCCGAGGUUACCCAGAUAGGGUCAGGGUCACGUGGAAGCAGCCCGUCUCCUCCCAGCACCAACACCAGCCUCCCAGCCAAACCUGGCUUUACCCAUAAACCCAAUGGGUUGGUUGACUUGCUGGACAUGGAAAGAGUUGGGCACCCUGGGAGAACGGGGUUUGAAACAGAUGAUCGGCCCUGUAACAUACGCUCUCUCACAUUUCCCAAGCUCUCUGAUUCUGGCGACCCAGAGCCAGUGAGGUACAGCCACCUCCCUACACCCAUCCCUCUUACCCGACAGAACCUUCCCAAUGGUAGCCCAACGACCAUACCCAAGUCCCAAGUUAUUGUCGCGCCUGAGCCAACCAGCCACACCAAGAGUGCUGCACCAAAACCAGCCAACCCAGGGUCAGGAACUGCUGGUCUGCCAUGCGGCGGAGCUCUGCUCAGCAUGACCCCCAGCGAGCGUCAGUGUGUGGAAACCCUUGUGGGCAUGGGCUACUCUUACGAGGGCGUCUUACGGGCCAUGCAGAGACAAGGGCAGAACGUGGAGCAGGUACUGGACUACCUGUUUGUCCAUGGGCGUCUGUGUGAGCGGGGCUUUGAUGCUAGUGCAGUGGAGGAAUGUUUAGAGAUGUACCAAUGCUCGGAGGAAAAGGCCUUGCAGUUCCUUGAGCUAAUGUCAAGGUUUGGCGAAAUGGGAUUUCAGCGGGAAGCCAUCAAAGAGGUGCUGCUGGUCCACAACAAUGAUCAGGACAAGGCUCUAGAGGACCUGAUGGCUCGGGCUGCCGCUAGCUGAGCCAAGCUAACCAGCCAAGCAAAGGCCCAGCUCGGGGCUUUCCUCCCGCUACUACCUAACACAGCCCCUUUCCUUCUGCCUACCCUAUCACACCAUGCCCUGCCCUUGAUUGGCUGUGGAAGGGACUGCUGGGAGACAGUUGUAUUUCUCUCUCUGUGCUAAAACGUAUUGUGUCUCAGCACUUCUUGAACUGUGUGCCUAGAGUGGAGGGGGUCAAAGUGUAUCAAUACUUCAUGGUGGUGUUUUUUUUUCUAAGAAAUCCUGGGGUAAGGUUCCAAGAUUUUGUACUGCAAGGGUGUUCAAGAAUGAGAAGAAUGACUGAGCUGGAAAUGAGAAAUUUGAAGAACUGGGCUGUGGUGUUUUGAUGCUGCUCUGAUUUGCUUCCACUUGGAAGUCCUUCUGCAGGCAAAGCUGCAGGAGCAAAUGGGACGCUAGUGACAGGCUCUGUAUACAUCACAGACAGACCAGUUGGAACACUAGAUACUCCCAUAUGACUACGCUGCCAUCUUCCACUGCUCUGUGCAGACAUAGUAAAUGGUGGCAGGUAUUGGGGGGCCUUGAGGAGGCUCUCUUCAAACUGAACCAACGAACAUUCAAAGUAAAAAAGAAAAAACCCACAAAGGUCCAGUCACCAGACAGACAACUGACUCUCAAGAAGUGCCCUCUCUGCUCUGGUGCCCUGCACCUAGUUCUGUUCUACUUUAUUAUUUCAUUCAUUCAUGUCUGUUUUCUGUUCAUUUGGGCACUUUUUCAUGUCAACUUGAAGAUUCCAUUUCUUUGAUAUUCUUUAGGAGCUGCAUAAUUGAUCCCUUAGUCACUAUAACUCUGAACAUAAGAGAUAGUACAUUCUUCGACCUGCACUGGAAUGGCUUGUUAAAGGAGUGGGAAGAAUGGGGAAGGUUCCUCUGUAGUAAGUAAUAAGAAAUCUCCCAUAACCCGAUGGCACUGAUGUGUCACGUACUGCACAGGCACGUUUCAUUAUUGUCAACUUAUUUAAAAUAGUAAACUGAUACUUUCAUUUAAAAAUAAAGAGUUUGAUAUGAUAAUGUAAGAUAUGUUAACUCAUAAAAGUGACGCUUUUAACUUUAAUGGAAUUCUGUAUGCAAGACUGGAAAAGAGUGAGUGGUUUAAAAAGAAAAAAAAGAAAGCAAAUGUAAGUGAGGGUUGUUUUUGCAGCCACAUCACAGUGCAAUAGAGACAUUUCAUAUUGUAUGACUGUUGACUGGCACUUUGAGCCUAAAGUAAUUGUUGGGAGAUAAGGAAUGGUCUUUAAGCCUUGCUGGAAACUGGGUGUUAUGAGAAAAGGUUUGAUUUCAGUGAUCCCCAUCAUUUAUGCUCUGUUUCUCAGAUUUCAUGCCACAAAUUCAAAUCAAACUUGACUUUGGUUUGUUGACUUGUUCACUUUCUUUUCUCUUGUGUAAUAUCAUUUUGAUUUUAGGUUUGUUGCCAUCUCCACAUUCUUAAAUGAAAAUUAAAAACAAAAAACUUCAGUCACCAUGUCAAAAGCAUUUCCUUAUAUGUUAAUUGAGUGUAUUUGUUUAAAAGGCCAGGAUAUUUUAUUUUUAUAGCAUUUGUCUGAGUUCCAUGCUUCAUAUUUUUUUAAAAGCACAUCUGUGCAGUUGCAUUUCA